UUACAAAACUAAGAGGGCAAAUGUCCGCUUUCUCCAUAACGUAGCUCCGCCUCCGCUCUUGCAUAGAGCGACUCGGAUCGAAGCUGUUGGUUGAAAACGCCGAUUCCAAAUACGGUUGGGAUUGAGUUCGAAUCAUGCCUCGUCGGUGGUAGUAAGUAUUGGUCGUUCGAUAUUCCCAUUUCCUUUUCUCUUCUAAAAUUGAAAUCAACUUCUUCAAAUAAUAUUUUCCGCCAUGGAAGCUCCGGCGAGGAUUUUCCAUCGCCAACUCUUCGCUAAAUCAGCAUAUCCAUCAAUAAUUUUUCUCAAGUCUCCUCGCAUUCUUUAUCGGUCAGUAACCCCUAAUCACCAUCGCCAAACCCAUUUCAUUUCAACCGCCCACCUUUCCUUUUCUCGUAUUCACUCUUCAUUCUUGCCCGUCAGUCCAAAUCCGAGCCCUAUUAAUUUCCUUCUCUCUCUUUCUUCUUCUCAUCUCUUAAAGCCAUCAAACCCAACUGUCGAGUCUAAUCUCAGCUUCAAAUCUCAUCAAUACGGUGGUAAUUUGACUUGGAACCCAGCUCCGGAGAGAGCCAUCAACGCUAAUGUGGGUGCUUCGGGUACUAAAGACCCAAUUGUGACUGUAGUCUUGUUGGGUUGGCUUGGAGCGAAGAAGAAACAUCUAAAGAAGUAUGUUGAGUGGUAUAAUUCAAGAGGGAUUCAUGCUGUUACGUUCGUUAUUGGAGUGGGAGAGUUGCUUUGGUUCGAUUUAGGGGAGAGAGUUGAGAAGCGUAUUACUGCUUUGGCAAAUGAGCUCAUUUCAUGGGUAUCGGAGAGAGAGGAAGAUGGUAGAGAACGGUGUUUGAUUUUUCACACUUUUAGUAACACCGGUUGGUUUGUGUAUGGGUACUUUCUUGACAUUCUGCAAGGUAGAGAAGACCUGAAGGAGAAAAUCAAAGGAUGUGUUGUUGAUUCGGGAGGCGGUGAGCCUUUCAAUCCUAAGGUAUGGGCUGCUGGAUUUUCUGCUGCUUUAUUGAAGAAACGCAGCUCUACAGUAAAUUCUUUGGCUGAGGCCAAACAAAUGAAUGUACUAGGAAGUCAAUCCAUUGAAUCUAACAUACAGGAAAAGGAACCACCGUCAGUAGAAUCCAUGGUGCUAUCCAUAUUGGAGAAGCUAUUCUCUGUAGUACUGAAGUUGCCUGAUGUUGAUCAGAAGUUACAGAAGAUUUUCUCUAUCCUCUCAAAGAAUCAGCCCUCUUGUCCUCAGCUUUAUCUAUAUAGCACAGGUGAUAGGGUUGUUCCAUUUCAAUCAAUAGAGUGUCUAAUUGAGGACCAGAAGAAGAUGGGGAAAAAGGUAUUUUCGUAUAAUUUUCAGUCAUCUCCUCAUGUUGAUCACUACCGAACUUUUCCAGACAUAUAUAUAUCAGUGCUUGAUAAUUUCUUGAAAGAGUGUUUUGCGGCCGUUAAGCAGACGUGACAUCUGCUAAUGCAUAUAUUAUUUGGGUUAAAUAAUUUUUUAUCUUAAUAAUAUCAAGAUUCCAGUCCUAAUACCAUUACCAUAGAUAUUAGUUUUAUCAUAUGGGUAUAUAUAGGGUAGUAGAUCAUUUGUAUUUUUCUGUAUUUUCCUUUCAAUACAUUUUUCAUUGUAUCAGAAUUGUGAAGGACUUGAGCCGCUUCUGAUUUUACUCUUUAGUUUCCUUGCCA